AUGCGUCUGUGUGCUCACCUCUAUUCAGAUCGGGCCCUGCAAGAUGACUUGAGAAUGGUGAGUGCUGCUUGUGGGCCUGUGAAUCAUGAAUACCAUUCAAUACUCCAGCAGCAGAAGAGUCAGGAGACCACGAUGCAGUUCCAGGCGAACCGUGCAAGUGGUGCUGCCUGGUUCACAACAGUGCGGACGACCCUGCAACGGAUUCAUGACAGGCAAGCGCUUGAAAGCUUCGGCAUCACGGUUUCUAUGUCGGCACCCCCCCUUCUCCCUCAAGAUCCAGAUGCUUCAGAACAAUGGUUUUUGGGCGAGUGCAAAAUGAUUGAGAAGUACUGGCGAGUGCUGAUUGAGAUCGCAUCAGCCCGCAGCUGGUCACAAAUCCAGUUCAGCACCUGCCAGCCGAAUUCGCUGGCAGUCGUUCUCAUGGAGGACCGGUCAGCUGCCCAGGCCGGCUUGGACAUGAUCAAAGAGGUGUGGGAUGCUGUGCUGGCAGCUGAACGUGCCUCUGCAUCAGACAGCAAGACCCCUCCGGCAGAUCGGGCAGCAAUUUCCGGGCUACUACUGGAUUUAGCCUGGAACCGAUUACAAACUGCUCGUGAAUCCUGGUUGGUGUGCGAGCAAGGAAGGUGGCUGGUAAGUGAUGCCGGCAUCCGGCUCCAAGCGGAGCACUUGUAUGCCGGUCCGGCGAACACGAAAUGGGACCUGGAAGAUCUCUUCGCGCACCUAGCCUCCGUCGCCCGCAGUUCGAACCUUCCAACUGCCAUGAACAAGCCCCUCGCCUGCACUGGCAACAACAGCGACACUAAGACUGAACUAAGGUGGACUCGUUGGUUUUACUGCACGACCCUGGAAAGAAGCACAGAAUGGCCUGUGCUUCGGACGACAAUGAAAGAUCACACGAAUCACGUGCAGUCUCGGAAGGAGGAGCCUCAGCUUGCUACCUUGGCUGGCAAAGCGUUCAAAUCCGGGAGUACCCGAGACCUGGACAAGGAGGUACGCAAAGGGCUGGUUAACAUGAAACUGGAGUGUUCCAAGAAAGCCGGUACAGCAUCGAAUCAGACUGCAGCGGCUGCAACAGCCCUGCUGAGACAUCUGCACUUGGAUGCUCGAGGAUAUGCACCAAUCAACCUCUCCUGGACAGGUGUGUUCUUCACGAAGGGCAACGUGUUUCAGAACAAGAACAGCGGCCAGACUGCAGUGUCACUGGGCUUUCGAAAGUACGGUGCACUGAUGGCCCCUCUGGUUGAACACCGCAUCGGGGAGAAGGUCUUCUUCAGUGUCAAUGCUGAAUCAGCGAUGAAGAGGCCGCUGUGGGUGUUCCAGACCAGCCUCAAGGAGCCUGUCUGGCUCAACUGCAAGAGCAUUGUGUGCCACCCGCUUUCGACGCCGACCGAGAUGCGUGGCUACAUGGUGGUGCUCGAGCAGGUCGAGGCAGCACGAGAUCCCAUCAAGGCCGCCCUGCAGAGUGGAGUUUUCCUCACGGCGCAGAAUCUGAAGGCAUUGCACGCGGAAUUUCGUUUCAUUCUUCCGAAGAAGGGCCAAGGCCAAGGCAAGAACGGCUCCCUGAUCAAACCGGACUACGCAAAAGCUUGCCUGUUGCAUUUCUUCGGCAGUGAGAUUGAUGAUUCUGAGCAACAAAGGAUGAUGGAUGCCUUGCUGGGCAAGAGCUGGGAUCGGAAUUUCCACAGCAGCCAUCACUCUAGCAGCAUCCUGGCGGCGUUCAAGGCACUGGACCCAGUGGACAGGAGUGAAUUUGUCAAGUUGGCAGCGGUGGCCGCUGACGAAGAAAAAAUCAAGGAAGCACGCACUGAGCGUGCAGAGCGGGCAGAUGUGAAGUCUGGUCACAUGAGCCCGCGGCACGAGACCCCCGCGAUCCUGGGGAGGUUGUUGCCGACUGGCACUUCGUUCCUAUGUCGGUUCAAUCGCCAUCCCGUACAGAGGCGCUACCAGGUCUACAUUUUCGACAAUGAGACUGGCUCUUCGGCUCUGAGUCUGAGUAGAUUCGAUUCGAUUCAACAGGUUUAA